AUGCGUCUCCCAGCUUUGUGCUGCUGGGUCUCACUGCUGCUGCUCGUCCUGCCGUGGGCAAGGGCACAAGCAGCUGGCCGCAAGCACAGCGUGGAGCUGCAAUCCCUGCAGGACCUCCUCGAGGUGCUGGGGCAGUUCCAGGGUGAGGAAGAUGGACUCCCAGGAAUGGAAGAUGAGCCAGUGGCCAGGACUGAGGAUGGCGGUGCUGAGUGGGACCUGCUGGGACCAGAGAGCAGCUCGCAGGCUGCCCCGCUGUUGGACCCUAGCCCUCCCCAGCCAGCAGAGGCGCAGAGUCUGUGGAGGAGCCUCCUCUCCUCUUACAGGCGGAGGCACUUCUCUGGCUGCUUUGGGACAAGGAUGGAAAGGAUCGGUGCUCAGACAGGACUGGGAUGCAACCACUAUAAAGCCCGUUUCUGGAGGAGAGGGAGAAGCUGA